CUCCAUCCAUCUCCAGAUUCUGCUUCUGCUUCUUUUGUUUUCUGCAUCUGCAAAUAUUCUCGCGAUGUCCAAUCGCAUUGAUGGCAGUCCCCCCAAACAGCGGCGCCUGCCAGCAUUCCUGGACCAUUUCAACACGCGCGAUCUUAAGAUCUUCUUUCGCUGCUGGGCCGCCGCUUGGGUCGCUGCUCUGUUGAUUUUCAUCGGCCCUGUCGCUGACAAUUUCGGCUCUGCAACGUUUUUUGCCUGUCUGGUGUUGUUUAUGCUGCCCCCUUCUGGUGUACUGUUUGUCUUCAUUCUCGGAUCGCUCAGUCUGUACAUUGGAAUUGGCCUUGCAUGGGCAUGGGGCGUCAUCACUAUGAAGGCCGCUCUGGCCGCCAGACCAGAGGCAGACACUCAGGCUCGAGUAGCAGCCCUGCAACAGGCUGCUGCGACCGAGGCGCAAUCGACUGGAUCCUCAGCCGCAGGGAUUGCUCAGCGCAUGAUCUACGAUGGCUGGAUGUUGGAUGCGCGGGUGACUGCUGUUGUGUACUGCAUGUUAUGCGUCUUCAUCUACUUUCUUUCGCGCCUGAGGGCUUCUAAUCCGAAGACGGCCUUUACUGCGAUCUUUGGUAUCAUCAUCACCGAUCUGUUCCUGUGCUAUGGGCCCCUGCUGCCCUCUUUCAAUGGUACUCUGCCUCUGGCCCUCGUGAAACCUGCUGCUGCAGGCACUGGGCUUGGAUUCGCCUGUUCAAUUCUCUUUUUCCCGCAAUCCACGUCCGAUAUUGUCCUCGAAGGCAUUGGAGAUUUACUGCGACUAAUGGAAGACUCAUUGCAAUACUCUGCUUCCGCUCUCAGCAAAGAAUCUGAACCACUAGAUCCCCAACAGCUCCAGAACCGACGGACUAAAAUAAUAGGGCAGUAUAGGAAGCUCGACCCAUCGUUUGGGUUUCUACCACUUGAUUUUUCCAUUGGAAGCUGGGGGGCUGAGACAGUUGCCACCUUCAAAGAGCCGAUGCGACAGCUGUCGGCGGUGAUCCUGUCGCUCGCAGAGUUCCAUAAAAGCGCCAUUGAAAGUCGCCUCAAGACCCAGGAGCUGAACAAAUCACCAAGUGACACUAAGGAACUCGUUGAGAGGGACCAGGAGAAAAAGCAUAAGAAAGAGAAGAAAGCGAACAAACAAUGGAAAGUGGGCGCACACCAUCUUGCACAGGUGGCCGAUUUGGUCAAAGGGCUGCAAUAUACGGAAGACCACUCUGUCGAUCCCGAUGUGGCGAAUGAAUUCACUCGCCAUAGCACCGCCGCCAUGGAUGCUUGCUUAGAAGGAAUUCGUGCUACAGGCGAAUGUGUCCGGUUUGUUGAGCGGCAGCAUUGGUAUCACAAAGCUUCUCCUACAGCACAUGAAGAGCUGUAUGAGCGGACGAAGACCGUGCUCGAGAAACUGCGACAAACCAAAACAUCCUUUCUACAUGACAUGACAGAGUCUCUUAUUACCGGGUAUGCCCAGCUGUUUGAAAAUGAUGGCCCAGACGAAAAUACUCGAGCAGAUCAGGUGGCAGGCAUAAUAAUAUGUAUGAACUUCCAAGAGCAUAUGGCAAAUGCACUGGACAAGACAGAGGGUCUUCUAGCCCGCAUGUCAGACGUCUUUCCUGAAGCCACUCGAAUACGCCUUUGGUGGCCAACGAGUCUGAAAUACGCAGCUCGAUGGAUGCUCGGAAAGAAGGACAAGGCCCCUACACUCGCACCAGCCAGCGACGACGACCCCGAUCAAGCCUCCGCUGGUGAUGCUACACAGUCUGCGCAGGAGAAGCUACGAAUUCGUCGUGGAUACCGACCUCGAACCCGUCAUCCUCUAGGUAAAGCUGUCAUUGGGACAUAUCACUGGUUGACCUGCGAUGAAGGACUGUAUGCUCUGAGGAUGGUCGUUGUUACCAUUGCAGUGUCCAUAGCUGCCGUUCUGCCACACACUGCUGGUUUCUUUUAUCGUGAGAAGGGGUUUUGGGGGUUGAUCAUGGCUCAGACGGGUCUUUUGGUCUACAUGGCAGACUUUACAUUCUCGGUUCUCGCUCGACUUGCUGGUACCAUCGGAGGAGGUGUCCUGGGCUUACUGGCGUGGUAUAUUGGCUCUGGAAAUGGCCCAGGCAAUCCGUAUGGCUUGUCGGCUGUCCUCGCUGUGAUGCUGAUAAUCUUCCUCUGGAUUCGCCUCUACCUUCCUCCCAAUCUCCUUGCUGGAGGCAUCAUGGGUGCCGCAACUUUCCUGUUAGUGGUCGCCUACAGCUAUGUUGAUACGCACAAUCCUACAUACGGAGACCCAGGUGUUGGAUACAACGUCUUCUGGCGGCGAUUACUCCUCGUCCUGAUCGGAAUCGGCGCAGCGACAAUCGUCCAGAUGCUCCCCCAUCCCCCCUCUGCCUCACGCCACGUCUGUAAAUCUCUUUCUCGCUCUCUACGCACUUUAUCCGACCACUACGCCCUCCUCCUCUCCUGCUGGGGCCGCGCAGGCAACGAAGGCAAAACCAUCACGGAACCAAUCUGGCUCGAGCUCACCGAGUCCCUCGUCCUCCUCGAGCCCAUGAUCUACAACCUCCGCUUCGAGUUCUCCAGCUCGCAAUUUGACUCUAAGAGUCUCGGGCAGGUUAAACAGCUCUGCCACGCCUUAAAUGGCUUCCUCGCUCGCCUUAUCGCGGCAUCAGCCACCCUGCCACAGGAAUACAAAGACCGUCUCGCACAGCAAAUGGGCAUCCUGGACCACCGCUGCAUCGGCGAGAUAAUGGCCGUUCUCGGGGUCUGCGAGCAAGCGCUACGAACAGGCGAUGCACCCCCAGAAAUCCUCCCCACUCCGCUUGUGCGGCGCGCGCUGGAUUUCUGGCAGACGCAUCAGACGGAGUAUCUUCUCAGUGCGGAUAUGGUGCGCGACGAGGACUACCGUAGGUAUUGUGUUGCAUUGGGAUCGUACGUUCGGUUCCUGGGGAAGAUUGAUGAGCUGGUGCUUGUUAUCAAGGGUGUCCUGGGCGAGGCGCAUUUGGUGUCGAAGGAUUUGAUAGACCUGGUCUAAUUUGGAUUGUAUAGAGGUGGACACGAGAAUAAAACUGUAUAAACUGGGAUAUAAUACUCUACAACUACACUAUCCGAUAACAUUAUCAUGGAC